AUUCAGUCAUGGUAACAACGGUGUCUUGUCUUGCUUGGUUGAAAUCUACUUAUUGUAUCCAUGCAAGUUUUGAAUGGUGUGAAGCAUGUAUAGAAUGGAUCAAAGAUGAAUAUCAAAAUUCUCCACUAUCUCCAAGAAAAGUACAUGAAUUAGUAUUUGAACAAUGGUUACAUGCAGACUUGAAAGAUAUUGGUGAACCGUGUUUACCAGAUGGACUGCGAACACAAGAACAAGCACAUCUAACAGGUGUUCAUUCAUUGCAGGUUGAGAGUUUGAGAGAUGUCAGCACACCUGCUUAUUCACAAUUACAGAAGCUUUCUGGUAAAGAUGAUCCAGAAGACUUGAUUUCUACAGCUACACAACCAACGCAACGGAUUCAGAUAUGUGGCAAUGUGCAAUGUCGUCUUGGUGUAUUGAUGCUAAUGGCAAGUAAUGUCAAGGUACUAGGUGGCGAAGUAGAGUCAUUACAGGAAGAAAACUCACAACAAUUGGUUCUCUCUAGAGCUAUAGGUGUUGAAGCUCAAGCAUUGCCACCUCAAAUCACAGCUGGAAAUACUACAGAUAAUGUGGAGGAGAACAUGACAUUGCAUAGCACCAAUGAUACUACAAGACAUGCUGGUCACACAGCAUCCUUUCAAUCAUCAGAACCAACAAUUACUGGGCAACAUCACCACAACAGACAAAAUAUGCAGUCAGGUUUACUUCAAAGUGAUAAUCAGACUUGCUUAAAUUCUGGGUUGGUUAUUUCACAGCAUAGCAGACAUCAGGCUGUGAGAGAGACCACACAUACACAGCAAACACACCCUCAGCCAAGCAUGACUGAGGAAGAGGCAUGGAUGGAGGAAGAGAUGGAUGUUGAUGAUGAUGAUAUCCUAGAUGAGGAAUUACUACAACAACUUGACCAGAUUGAACAGCGUGAAUUCAGGUACAUGUAG